ACAACUCUUCGGACAAGGUGACACUUCCAUCGGGGUGGUUGCUCUUCGGCAUCGCAGGGUCCAUCGCCGUCGUUGUCGCCGUCUCGCGGAGAGGAGGAAGCUCGAAAUCGAGAUGAAGGAUCGAGGGAAAUCUGGGCCGGCGUCUGUGGACGAGAGGUAUACGCAAUGGAAGACUUUGGUGCCCGUUCUCUACGACUGGCUGGCGAACCAUAACCUCGUCUGGCCAUCGCUGUCCUGCCGGUGGGGUCCACAAUUAGAUCAAGCUAAAUUCAAGAAUCGCCAGCGUCUCUACCUAUCUGAACAGACUGAUGGCUCAGUUCCCAAUACUCUUGUCAUAGCAAACUGUGAAAUUGUGAAGAAAAGGAUAGCAGCUGCAGAGCACAUAUCUCAGUUUAAUGAAGAAGCUCGUUCGCCUUUUGUCAAAAAGUUCAAGACUAUUAUUCAUCCUGGAGAGGUUAACAGAAUCAGGGAACUACCUCAAAAUAGUAGGAUCGUGGCAACUCACACAGACAGUCCUGAUGUGCUUAUUUGGGAUGUUGAGACCCAACCGAAUCGUCAUGCGGUUCUUGGUGCUGCUGAUUCUCGUCCGGAUUUGAUACUCACAGGGCAUUCUGAUAAUGCAGAAUUCGCUCUUGCUAUGAGCCCCUCUGAACCCCUUGUGCUUUCUGGAGGGAAGGACAAAACUGUUGUCUUGUGGAGCAUACAAGAUCAUAUUACUGCUUCAGGAGAAUCUUCAUCAACCAAGUCAGCUGGUACGCCAUCUGGGGGCUCAAGUGGGAAGCAGCCUGCGAUAACUGGUAAUGAAAGUUCUUCGGAAAGUCCUAGAGUUGGACCACGAGGAAUCUACCAAGGACAUACUGAUACUGUAGAGGAUGUGCAGUUUUGCCCUUCCAGUGCACAGGAGUUUUGUAGUGUUGGUGAUGAUUCCUGCCUCAUUCUGUGGGAUGCUCGUUCUGGUACUACUCCUGCUAUCAAGGUUGAAAAGGCUCAUGAUGCAGAUCUGCACUGUGUUGACUGGAAUCCUCAUGAUGUAAACCUUAUUCUAACAGGAUCUGCUGAUAACUCUGUUCGACUGUUUGAUCGCCGAAGACUCACCUCUAAUGGUAUUGGAUCACCUAUUCAUAAAUUUGAAGGCCAUUCUGCUGCUGUUCUUUGUGUCCAGUGGUUUCCAGAUAAAGCAUCAGUCUUUGGUAGCUCUGCUGAAGAUGGCCUCUUAAAUGUCUGGGAUUUAGAGAAGGUUGACCAUUUGGGAGCUGUCACAAGAGCACCCUCACCCCCUGGUUUGUUCUUCCAACAUGCUGGGCACAGGGACAAAGUUGUUGAUUUCCACUGGAAUGCUGCUGACCCGUGGACAAUUGUUAGCGUAUCUGAUGACUGUGAGAGUACCGGAGGCGGUGGAACAUUGCAGAUAUGGCGAAUGAUUGACCUGAUUUACAGGCCUCAAGAAGAGGUUUUGGCUGAACUUGCAUCAUACAAGGAUCAUAUUCUUGGCUGUGCACCAAAUACCUAAUCCUUAGCCUGUUCAAUCUAGAGUAGUUUGUUUUACCCAAAGCCUUUACAUGGGUCUUUUUUACUUCAGUGUUGAAUAGGGAAACAAAUAUUCGAACACCGGGUAAUUCCUGUUUCAGAACUUCCAGCUGAACCCUGUUUUAAGUUAUUUUUCUGUUUGCCGAAACGGAUGGUUGCCUGAGAAUGUUUGUUACUCUCUUUGGCCCCAUGACUGACUGCGUAUGAAACUCUGUUUAAUUGCAAGUAGCUGCACAGUUUGAACAAAGUAUGAAGUUCGUAGUUGUGAAAUCAUCUGCUUUGCCUUUGAAUUUCGGAAAUCAUGCAAUGCAGCCAUAUUAGAUAUUCGUCUU